AUGGACGAUCUGGAAGUAUAUGGGAAGAACAAAGAAAAGCUAGAAAAGCUAAUUGAAGCGGUCAGGAAAAUUACAAUGCCUAUGGGGUUAAAUUUGAACGAGCAAAAAUGCGCCAUUAAGUACUAUCGAAAUGUGGAAGAAACCACUGAAACAUCACCAAUUGAAACGAAUACCAACCAGACAAACAUUAUACCUCAGCUAUUGGAUGAAGAAAGUUACAAGUACCUUGGCAUAAGACAAGAACUAUGGCCUGUAAAGGAGGGAUAUGAAGAACUAGCCCAACAAUGCGUCGAGAUCACCAAGGAAAUCCUAAAUAGUGAAAUCUCUUUUAAUCAAAAAUAUGAAGAACUAGCCCAACAAUGCGUCGACAUCACCAGGGAAAUCCUAAAUAGUGAAAUCUCUUGGAAUCAAAAGUGCUACGGAUUCAAAACAUUGAUAGUAGGGAAACUUCGAUACAUAUAUGAAACCGGAUCACUAGCCUGGGAACGGAGCAGCGAAAUGAUAUCCGCAGCAAAACGACUCGAUUCCGUUAUGAGGCAAGUUCUAAAUGAAUGUAAAGGAAAAUUCCAAGGGACCUCGAUUGCUCGGUUAUACCUCGACAGAGGCAAAGGAGGAUGUGGUUGGCCCUCAUUAGAGAAGGAAGCCGAACUAGCUGUUAUAAAUACCUAUAUAUAUCUAAGAACGCAACAAUCAUUACGAGAAGUGUACGACUACCACGUCAAACUUGGAAAAAGAAGGAAAAGAAGUUUGGUAAUAGAUGGAGAAAGAAUGCUUGAAAAAUAUGGUAUGCAAAUACGAGAAGGACCGGGAACUAGCUGGCUAAUAAUGCAUACGCAAAAUGAAAACCAGUGGCUCGAAUGUAAAACGGUAAAAGAAAUGAGAACUACUACACGAAGAAUUCUCCACCAAAUGUGGAAUACUCAAUUUCUGAAUGAAUGGCAAUCACUUGAAGUAGCUGGCAAGAUAUGGCGAAACGAAAACCUGGAUAUAGAAAAAUCUUUCUCAUGGCUAAAGAGAGGAUGGAUAGGAAUGAAAGUCAUGCGAAAUGUAAUAGCCGCUCAAGAAAAUGCUAUUUAUUGUAAAGGUGGGCCAAUGAAUAAAACUGACGAUAAGUCUUGUCGGAAAUGUGGUAACGGUAAGGAAACGGUUGAUCAUAUAUUGAACCACUGUAACUGCUGGCUCAAAAGCCUGUAUAUGGAAAGACACAAUGCAGUAGCUCGAAACGUUUAUUUUGUCCUGUGCAAGCGACACGGUUUACCACUUGUCCAUUACUCUCAUACUAUACCAAAUAAUGUAGAGAAUGAAGAAGCUAUUCUUUAUUGGGACACUCCAAUAUUUACAGAAGCCAAGAUUAUUCACAACAGACCAGAUAUAGUGGCAAUAGAUAAGAGGAAAAAGAAGGUUCUUGUCAUCGAAUUCUCUAUCGCAGGAACGACAAGGUUAGCCGACCAGCGAGCAAUAAAGAUAAAUCGAUAUAAGUUAAAUUCCGUUGAAAGAGAAACACCAACAGAAACUCCAAGAGAAGGGCCCAACCUGAUAGCUGAAAUUCGGAAAAUAUACCGAAGUGAUGUAUACUUCUUACCUAUCAUUGUUGGACCAUGUGGCGAACUCCUUAAAGGAACAUUCGAAGCAGUAAAGAAACGGAUGGAACUGAACGCGGGAGAAACCGAGAAACUUAUCGAGCGUAUUGGAAGAAGUGCCGCAGAAGGAAGCUCUAGAAUUAUCUCAACUCACCUAGCAACGUAA